ACGAGCACGAGCUUGAGCUUCGAGUUCAUGACAGCGGAAGAGCGAGGGAGCGAGCACGAGCACGAGCGAGCGAGCGAGGGGAGGGAGGCAAGCAUCGACGGCCGCAAUGCAGGACCUACGCCUGUCCAGGGAGUCCCUGAGGCCGGCGAUCUUGUUCGCGUCAUUCGCCACCGUCUCAUUGAUCACCACCUUGCUAGCAUCUCCGCGCAACAGGAAGCGUGCAGUGGAGUGGUUUAAGAAGCCGCCUUCGGGAAUUCCGUCGGUAGCGAACACAAUUCCGAGAAGGGUUGAAGUUAUUCGAAAUGAAGUUGAGAGAAUGGAGUCGAUCGGCUCCUCUGCCGAUCUGGACUUUAUUACCGAUGACAUUGUUAGCGAGCAGUUCACGAGAAAUACUCAGUUCUAUGGUGAAGAUGGGCAGAAGAAAGUUCAUGAAUCCAUGGUUGUUGUCAUCGGACUUGGGGGAGUGGGCAGCCACGCUGCGACCAUGCUUCUUCGAGCAGGGAUUGCCAAGUUGCGUUUGAUAGAUUUUGAUCAGGUGUCCUUAUCAUCUUUAAAUCGGCAUGCAGUAGCUACUCGAGCAGAUGUUGGUACCUCAAAAGCUUUAUGUCUUCAGAAGCACUUCAAGGAAAUCUUUCCAGAAUGUGAAAUAGAUGCCAGGGUGCAGAUGUUUGAUACAUCUACCGAAGAAGAGAUUUUAGCGGGAUCUCCAGAUUUCAUCCUCGACUGUAUAGAUAACAUCGAUACUAAGGUAGCGCUUCUUGCAGCAUGUGUGAGGAAAGGCUUGAAAGUCCUGUCCGCCACUGGAGCAGGUGCAAGAGCAGAUCCAAGUCGCAUUCGGAUAACUGACAUAAGUGAAUCAUCGAUCGACCCACUUUCACGUUCGGUCAGACAUCGGUUACGUCGAGAACACAAUAUUACCAGUGGCAUACCAGUCGUCAUCUCUACGGAGCGGCCAAAAGCAAAGCUGCUGCCUUUCACUGCACCAGACGGCAAAGAAGCGAAUCCUCUGGAUUAUCAGGUGGUUCCAGGAUUCAGAGUGAGGACGAUCCCCGUGUUGGGUACCAUUCCUGCUAUAUUUGGCCAAGUUAUGGCUUCGUACGUGAUUACGAGUAUUGCAGGGCUGGCUGUACAAACCGAGCCCGUUCUCAACUUAGAUGUGGACCACUAUGCCUUGCUGCACCAACGACUUGUAGAACGUGAAGAGCUUUUGUUUGGCACAGCUUCAGAAGUAGAGUUAGACAAGGAAGAGGUUGCAUACGUUGUCCGCGAGAUAUGGCGUGGCAGGAGUGCACGAGCUCAAGGAUCUCGAGAAGUAGGACGAGGAAUGUGGAACGCAAUGAAGACCUUGACACUCACCAGGUGGGAUGUGUCGAAACCUCCGUCAAUAGCUAACCUGGUCCUUUUCACAUUCUCAGAGGCUGAGGAGCAUGAAGCGAUAACAUUGGAAUUCUUGAAGAAGGAAGAACCGCAGUUUUAUGAUAUGGUGGAGAAAAGGUUGGAAGUAGCACGGAGAGAAUUUAAUUGCUGAGAAGUAAGUCGAAGGCUGAGACAGAAACAACACGUUCAUGUAAUCUUCGUACGUUUUCCCUGCUUCACUGUUCAAGCUUCUAAGACAUGUGGGACGUACAAGAUUCUACAACAUUAUACAAAUCCACCCUCAACGUAGUUAGGAUUAUUUUGGAGAAUGAACCUCUCGGAUGUGGCAAGGAGAGGUGACUCACGGAUCCUCACUGUAAUCACCACCGGAAGUUGGAAAUGAUGUUAGUAUAGCUGAAGCAGUGCAAGGUUGUGGUGCUAGUAAUGCAGUGGGAGUCUUGACAUGUGGAGUGGUAAGUCAAACACAGCAAAGCCUGAAUUUUCCGGCUGCCUUUUGCACUUUAUCUGUAAUACUAUCAAUCUUGAUUCAAGCUAAUUUGGG